CCAAACUAGAGAAUUGACGGCAGUAUUUGUGAAGUUUUUUUUACAGUAUUAAUACUGUUCCUGUUAUUUAUUUCACAAGAUUUUGUACCAAAAAUUACUUCAAGAUGACUCUAGCUGACACUCCAAAUGAGAUCCAGCUGGAUAAUAUGCAUACUGAUCUUAUAUCAAAUAUCACUUUUGGCUCAUCAUCAAAUCAGUUCCUGCUCACUUCAUCUUGGGAUUCAACUGUGCGAUUGUAUGAUGUUAGUAACAAUACAAUGAGACUAAAAUAUACUCAUGAAGCACCUGUUUUAGACUGCUGUUUUCAGGAUGCUGUGCGUUGUUGCAUUGGAGGUUUAGAUGGUAAUGUGAAAAUGUAUGAUUUAAACUCAGAUUCAGAAGCUGUAAUUGGUAAACAUAAUGCUGGUGUAAAAUGUAUUGAAUACUAUCCAGAGGGUAAUGUUGUUGUUACUGGAAGCUGGGACAAGCAAGUUAAGCUGUGGGACACAAGAUCAAAUACUUGUGCAAAUUCAUUUGAGCAGCCAGAUAAGGUUUACACAAUGGCUAUAUGUGAUGACAAAUUAAUUGUUGGUACUGCUGGUAGAAGAGUACUUGUGUGGGACUUAAAAAUGGGAUAUGCCCCACAGCGUAGAGAAUCAAGUCUCAAAUACCAAACUCGUUGCAUUAGAUGUUUCCCCAAUAAAACAGGCUAUGUGCUUAGCUCUAUUGAAGGACGUGUAGCUGUGGAGUACCUAGAUCCCAGUACAGAAGUUCAAAAAAAGAAGUACGCUUUCAAGUGUCAUCGCAUUAAAGAAAAUAAUGGUGUUGAAAUGAUUUAUCCAGUCAAUACAAUUGCAUUCCACAGUGGUUACAACACAUUUGCCACUGGUGGCUCCGAUGGUUUCGUGAACAUUUGGGAUGGCUUCAACAAAAAAAGGCUUUGCCAGUUUCAUCGCUAUCCAACACACAUUUCUUCAUUAGCAUUCAGUCCUGAUGGCACAGCACUGGCUAUUGCAUCUUCGUUCAUUUAUGAAGCAGAAGCUGCGCCAGAUAAUGCAACACAUACCAUAUACAUCAAAACUGUCACAGAUCAAGAGACGAAGCCAAAAUAG